AUGUAUGGGGGGUCCCGAGGAGAGAGGGGGAACCCGGCGGGCGAGGAGCGGCUCCCGGAAGGGGGCUCUGGGGCGACUUACGGCAGCGGCGGUGAGGCAGGCAGCGGCGGCCCUAGCGCGGGGCCCGGGAGGCGCGGCCGGACUGCAGAGGUGCCGAGGCUGCGGCGGGCGGGACUGCGGUGGGCGCCAUCUUGGAGCGCUCCCCGCGCCCGCCCCCCGCGCCGCCCGAGUCCUUGCAUAAUUGAUGACUCGCGCCCGCCGCGCGCCGCCGCGCGCGCCCCCGCGGCCGGACCCCCGCCCGCCCCGCCCCCGCGCCGACCCCCGGCGCGUGCCCUCCGCACGCCCCCGGACCCUGCGCGCGCGCCGCCCCUGCCCGCCCGCGGCCCACCUACCCCUGCAGGGCGCGCCCGCUCGCCCGCAGCGCACCGCGCCGCGCGCCCUCCCGCUCUCUCGCUGGCUCUCAGGCCGGCGUCCCCGCGCCGCCCGGACCGGAUCCGGGGCGAGAGAGCAGGGCUCCGGCAGGGGGCGCCGCGCCGGAGCGCCUCGCGAGCGUCCCCGGGCCCGCCUCCCCGACGCCCCCGCGGAGCCGCGCGGGAGGGGCCCGGAGCGGAGCUCCCGGACGCGGGACGCGGGACUCCGCCGGCUGCCCGCCGGCAGCUGGACGUUGACACCCAAAAGCUGCUAUGUUGA